AUCAAAUAGAUUGGCAGUUGCAUCAGUUGCAUGACUCAAAACAUAGAAUUGACAACACUGAACGCGUAAACACAACGUAAACGCGUAAACGUUUAUAAAUAUCCAUAACCCCCCAUAACCAACUAUCUCGCGCCACCAAUUAUAAGGGUACGUUCUAUAGGUGUGCCUUGUGAGGUUGGCCAGUCGCAUUUCGUCCGCGCAGCUCCUGGCUGAACAAUGGGUGAACGCAAAGGAGUCAACAAGUACUACCCGCCUGACUAUGACCCGUCCAAGGGAGGGCUCAACAAGUUCCAGGGCACGCACGCGCUGCGCGAGCGUGCCAAAAAGAUCCACCUGGGCAUCCUGGUCAUCCGGUUCGAGAUGCCCUACAACAUCUGGUGUGACGGCUGCGGCAACCACAUCGGCAUGGGCGUCAGGUACAACGCGGAGAAGUCCAAGGUGGGCAUGUACUAUACCACGCCCGUGUACCAGUUUCGUAUGAAAUGCCACCUGUGCGACAACUACUUUAUCAUCAAGACGGACCCGGCGAACCUGGACUACGAGGUGGUCGCGGGCGCUCGGCGCCAGGAGCGGCGCUUCGACCCCGGCGAGAACGGCACUGUCGUUCCCGACGAGCGCGCCAAGAUCCAGAAGCUCGCCACCGACGCCAUGUACAAGCUGGAGCACGGCUCGGACGACGUCGGCAAACUGCGAGACGCCGCGCCGGUGCUGGAGCACGUGGAGCGCAUCCAGGACCGCAUGUGGGACGACUUCGCGGCCAACAAACGGCUCCGCGACAAGUUCAGGGCGGGUAAGAAAGCGGCAGCAGCGGUAGCUGCCCGGGACGCCGAUCUGCUGCGGAGGGCCUCGCUGGACCUGGUGCUGAGUCCUGAGACGGACGAGGACCGCCGGCUGGCCGCCCUGAUGAAACUGCAGGACCCCGUCGGACUGGAGGAGCGGCGGAAGAGGAAGCGUGCGGCCAUCGGCGCCCGGCCGGCCCUGGGCACGGUGGCGCCCCGCAGCGGCGGGUUCGGCACCGGCCGGGCCGCAGUGUCCGGCGGCGGACGGACGGCCGCCUCCAUCGGGGUGGCGCUGGGUCGGAGCGGCGGCACUACAGGCUCGUCACCGGCCGCCGCUGCUGGGGAUAGCGAGAAGGGUGAGCAGCGACUCCCCAUCGUGAUCGCCGGCCCCAGCACAUCAGACACCGGCCCCGGCGCCUCACCGACCGCCAGCCCGAGCGCCUCCGUAACCAGUCCCAGCCCCGUCGGUCCGAUCUCAUCUGUCACUAGUCCCAGUCCGGUAGACCCGACCUCCUCCGCCGGCCCCAGCCCCCCUGUUUCAACCCCUUCUACCGACCCCAGUCCCGUCGUUCCGACCUCCGCUGCGAACCUGUCACUGCCGGGACCUGCCUGUGACCGCCCGGCGUCCCCAGAUCGUUUGAACGGUCCCGGGUCAGUCAUUUCCCCAGUGAUAACCGCUGCCAACCGGUCAAACGAUUGUUCGACCGCGACCCCGGCGGGGAGGAUCAGCCUGGUGGCGGAGUACUCUUCAACAGACAGCGAGUGAUUGUCCGCUGUGACCGGAUUUUACCGGUAUGGGAUGAGCCGGGAUAUAUCUGUUUUAGCACUGCUCAGGAAUAUAAGGAUGUGUUCGCUAGCG